AACCUCGGUGGCAGCUGGGCGGGGACAUGCCCUUGCGGGAGGGGCGCCUCUGAACGGAGGGCUCCGGGAAAAGAUCCCUGGGCUCCCACGCCCGCGAGGGGCUUGUCCCCUCGGUUAGAGAGGCCUGCGUGAGCUGGGGAGGCAAGACUUGAGUUCGGAUCCCUUCGCCACUUGGAGCCUCGGAUUACCUCUCUGUGAAAUGGACACGUUAUCCAGGGCAGCUGGUAGUAUUCGAUCACUGUGUAAAUGGUGAAUCGAGGUUAGUCCGGCCCGGGGAUGAGACCCCUGGUGGCCGGGAGCAGCCCCCUGCUUUCACCGCCCCGCCCCGCCGCCCUUGUGGCUUGAGUUUGGAAAUUCCGACUCUGCAGCGGCCAGCGAGGCAGGACCACCCCGCUCGGGCCAGGCACCCUCUCAGUCCGGAAAUGCCGGAGCCCUCGUUCCGGAGGGGAAGCCGCGAGGUUUCCGGGAAAGCAGCACCGCCCCUCGGCCCCCCGUGGCCAGCUGUUAUAAAGGACCCGUGCGCUCUCCGCGCUCCAGUCCGCGGCGAGCACCUCUGCGCCUUGGUGCUGUUACCUGCGUUCCUGCAUAGUCGUGCUAUGGCUUCCGCCGGCGCCCUGCCCGCGCUGCCCCUACUCCUGGCCCUGCUCGGGGCUCUGCGCCCAGGGCCCGGAGAUGCCCAAACGGCCGUAUUCCCCACAGAAGCCAUUCUGCCCCGAGGAGACUCUGUGCUGCUGAAUUGUAGUUCAUCUUGUAAUGAGACUGCCACAUUGGGCCUGGAGACCCCACUGACCAAAAUAGAGAGGGACAUUGGGCACAACUGGAAAAUGUUUGAACUGAGUGACGUGCAAGAAGACAGCAGGCCGCUAUGUUUCUCAAACUGUGGCGAAAAGCAGACAUCAGCUUCGAUUUCCAUCACCGUGUUCUGGUUCCCGGAGCGUGUGGAGCUGACCCCCCUGCCCCCUUGGCAGCCAGUGGGCGAGGACCUCACCCUGCAAUGCCUUGCGUGGGGCGGGGCGCCCCGGGCCCAGCUCACCCUGGUGCUACUCCGUGGGGAGGAGGAACUGAGCCGGCAACCAGCGGUAGGGGAGCCAGCGGAGGUCACCGCUACAGUGCUGGCGGGCAGAGGUGACUAUGGUGCCAAUUUCACGUGCAGAGCGGAACUGGACCUGCGGCCCCGAGGGCUGGAACUGUUCCAGAACACCUCGGCCCCCCAGCAGCUCCGAACUUUCGACCUGCCGACCACCUCCCCACAGCUCACCAGCCCCAGGAUCCUAGAGGUGGGCACAGUGCAGCGUGUGGUCUGCUCCAUGGAUGGGCUGUUUCCGGCCUUGGAGGCCCAGGUCCACCUGGCGCUGGGAGACCAGAGGCUGAACACCACAGUCACGUACAACAAGGACUCCCUCUCAGCCACAGCUUUGGUGGAGGGGACUGCAGAGCAGGAGGGUGACCAGCCGCUGGUGUGUGCAGUCCUGCUGGGGAACCAGAGCCGGCAGUCACGGAGGACCUUGACAGUCUACAGUUUCCCAGCUCCCAACCUGACCCUGACUGAGCAGGAGGUUUCAGAAGGGACCCAGGUCUUAGUGGUGUGUGAAGCCUAUGCUGGCAACGUGGUGAGGCUGAGCGGCGUCCCACCUGGGCUCCGAGCCCCAAGGGCCCAGUCCCUGCUGAAUGCCACAGCUGAGGACAAUGGGCUCCAGUUGUCCUGCUCUGCUGCCCUGACAGUGGCUGGGCAGGUGCUGUACAAGAACCAGACCCAGGAGCUCCAUGUCCUGUACGGGCCCCGACUGGAUAAGAAGGACUGCCUGGGAAACUGGACGUGGCCAGAAGGGACCCAGCAGGAGCUGGAAUGCCGGGCGUGGGGGAACCCAGUACCCCAGCUGACCUGUCGUCGGGAAACUGAUGGGGCUCUUCUGCCCAUCGGGCCCCUGAGGCCUGUCAAGGAGCAUGAGGGCACCUACGUCUGUUGGGCAGUGAGCUCUCGUGGGAAGGUCACCCGGAAGGUGUUCUUGAAAGUCUGCUCGCGGAAUUCUACAAACAUGAUCGUCAUCAUUCUGGUGAUGGUGGUAGCCAUCCUGAGCACUGUGGUCACAGCCACUUACCUCUAUAACCGCCAGCGGAAGAUCAAGAUAUACAAGCUACAGAAGGCGCAGGAGGAGGCGUCCAUGAAGCUGAACACGCAGGCCACACCCCCCUGAGCCCACCGCAGGACAGGGCCUCCUCCAGCCCGCACAAGGGCAUGGUGUUGCACUAAAGAGACUGGUGGAUACGAGCCAUUUAGCUACAUCCACCUCCUCAGGGUGACAGGAUAGGACAGAGGCCUGAGGAUGCAAACAGCAUUUGGUGUCAUGGCAUCUGCACACUUAGGAUCUUCAGGCCUCACACCUGGCCUAGUCACAGGUCUGAGCCAAAAGGAGAGGGCAAGACUUGGACACGAGGGAUGUGGAAAUCUGACCUGGACAGCAGGGGAGUGACAGACAUUUACCUUGUGGAUCCACAGGGGGGACACACUGAGGUUCACUCCCUUCUGCCUGUGCAGAGGCCACACAGCCCUAAGGAAGAAAUAAACCCAAAGACCCAGGUAGCAGUGAAACGCAAAUGCCCAUACAUCCUCUGAUGGAUGCCAGCUCUGGCACUGCUGUCUACUUACUGUCCCCAACUCUUGAUGAUGAUGUAUUUAUUAAUUUGGUAUAUUACCAGCUAUUUAUUGAGCACCUUUUAUGUAGGCUAGACUGCUGAAUGAGGUGAACAUAGUUCUCACUCUCUUGGGAUUCUCAGUCUAUUUACAUUCAGAGUCCCCGGGUAGAGUUGUACUGGCUGUGCACUGCACCAGAGGGCCUGGUAGAAAGAUAAAGGGGGGCUAGAAUUUCAAACUCCAUUUGCCAAGCUGCUUUCUCCCACAAGGCGGGUGCUUUUUCUCUCAGGCACUAAGGCAUUAUAUGGACUAGCAAUGGUUACGGGCUCACGGAGACCUAACUUCCCCUUCUCGGCAUUGCAUUGUUAAUCACCUCCCCUCCCACAUGUUUCUCAGCCUUUGUUCUCAGUGACACUCAGUGACCGUAUGUAAACAUGGCUGCCCACUCCUGUGCAGCUAAACUACGGAGUCCCAUGAAAUUCUACCCAACCCUGUGCCCCGCUUUGUUCCACCUGUUUCCAUCUCAGUGGGGCCAUGGAGGAAUAGGAGACUUUGCAGCUCCAAAUCCCUUCAGUGUUCAGGAGCCUGCAGGUGGUGAGGGGGGUGGUUCUGCAAGGCUUUGAACCCCCUGCCAGCUCAGGAAGUCUUUCCUUUGUGCCAAUAAAGCUUUUUCUUUUUCGUCGGCCUCAA